AGUUAGUAGACUACAGUUGCUCGUAGCAACAUAAAUACGGCAUGACGGCGAUGGCGAAGGUGGUAAACUUACAAAGACUAAGCGCUAAAGUCAGAAGAGUUUAAUUCCAAGACAAAUUAUCUUUCAAAAUGACAGUCCAAGUUGAACUUGAACAGUUAUUAGGACUGGCUUUGGGCACCCCUGAAGUAGGGGCUGUGAAUUUCAAUAUAUUACAUGGAAUUUUACGCGAGAUACUAAAGCAUUUAGGGAUCGACAAAAAGGUUACUGAAAUCUCCGAAGAUGGAGGUUUGAGAGGUGCGAUUGCAAUUCUAAAAAGCGCGAACGAAGGAAGACAGGAUAUCGAGAAAACAGAGACUGAUUCUGGUCAAACCGAGAAGGUGAAGUCAGAGCCGACAGCGAACUUGGCUAAACCAAGCGUCUUUUCGACUCCACAAUACGGGAAUUUGGAGUCCAAACUAAGCAAGAUAGAGAAAAGGCUCGAAUUAUUGGAUGAUAUUCCGAGUAAUACUGAAAUAUUACAAAGGGCUAAACAGAAACAAGACGCUAGAACUCCAGUCGGGGAUAUGUGGCAAUUCAUCAACAUAAAUCGUAGACUUGGAGCCACGGAAACCGCGAUCGAGAAGCUUACAAGUCUACUUGAUAAUAUGAUGGCAGAGGUGAAUGAUGUGAAAGAGCUUGCCAAUGGUAUAGAUGACUUGAAAAAGCAAAUAUUAGAGCUUGAGAAGCAGCAAUCCAGUCUAGAGAGCAGAGUCAAGGCACUGGAGAGCGUUGAUAAUUCAGAGGAGCAGAAGAAACUUGAAGACCUGAUAAAAGAAUUGAACAAGCUCAAAAGUAGAGUCAAUGAGCUCCCAACAAAAGAUGACCUGGAUAAUCUUGACAUCUAUGUAAAAUGGCCACAACUUGAAGAAGCUUUAAAUGCAAGACGUACCCGUACCCCUACACCUAAGCCCCGUACCCCUACUCCUUCUCCUCCCACUCCCACCCCUCCCCCUAGGAGCCCCACACCACUUCAUCCCAGCUCAGAGGCGCUGGAGGCUCUGAGACAAGUAGGAGAGCUGAUGGAUAAGCAUGAAGACUUGGCGGAAAGAGUGGAUGGACUGGAGGAGGAAAUGCCCAAAAAAGCGAACUUAGAGGACCUGGAAGAACUUAGGAAAAGACCUGCCGUACCCGCUGAUAUUGUGGACCAAUUAAAGCGACUCAAGGAUGCAAUGGAUGCGAUCAAUAAAUGGAAAGAGGAGAAAACCAUCCCAGCGGACCUUGAAGAGCAGUUAAAAUCACUACGAGAAGGGCUGGCUCUACUUGAUAGCCAUCGCGAGCAGCUAAAAGAAAUGGGCGAGCAACUAAAACGACUAAAGAGCGUCAGUGACUUACUCUCCUCACACAACGAAAAGCUUCAGUUAAUUCCUGAUGAUCUUCUUGAGCAACUAAACAAGCUGAAAUACAUGGAAAAAACAAUGAGCAAGCUGAGAGACAACAUAAACCAGCUACCCGCUAAACUGGAACGACUUGAAGAAAGAAUGAAAGAGAAUGCCGAACGCGAGGCACGCACUCUUCGAGACGGCCUCAGGCUUCUUAAUAAUCAAAUUGAAAAGAUAAAAAAGAUGAGUCUGUCACCACCCCCAUCUGAUGGAAAGACACAGGGAGGCGGAGCGAUAGAUUCUCUGCGCAACAUGGUGCUCGACCUUCAAGCGGAGAACGAAAAGCUGAAGAACACGACCAACGAGUUGAUAGAAGAGGAGAACCGGAAACAAAAGCAUUUAGAUGCGCUCUAUUCCUACUGUGACAAGCUGCAAGAGAACAAGGCUGAUAAAGAACAAGUUGCCAUGGAAAUAGACGUGAAAGCGGACAAGAGGUCGCUGGACAACCUUGUCAGCAGGCUAAAGUUUGAUCAGACCGUCGGUACCCUCGACCAAGCGAUACAAGACUUGCUAAGCCGACUUGAUGGAUAUGAUGCUGGUUUGAAGGACGCGCUUGCGCAGUUGGGUAACGAAGUAGAUCAGAAACUGGAUCGUAUGGAGAUUGAUCCGCUCAAGGACUACUUCGAGAGGAAGAUAAAGGCGAUGAAGUGCAAACACGCGGACUUGCCGCUGAACGAGGAUCCUGCUGCAGGAUUCCGCAAGGCUCUCUUGCGAUUCCAUUGCAUCUCGUGUGAUCGCCCCGUUGACAUGGCCCAGGGACCCCCAAACCCGGCCCUGCCCAACACCCCCGGUAUGCCACCGUCUCGCUCAGGAAGACCGUACACGACGUUUGAACUGGACCAGAUUCGCCAGAUGAACCGUGGCGUGACGUAUGACCAAGACGGUUCCAUGACAACGGCACGCUCAUGCGGCGGGAUCCACACCGUGACGUCACCACAUAAGAGGAGUGCAAGAUUUAAUCAGUAUUACUAUUUCCGCGAUGAUGAAGUGGUUCCUGUUCCUAUGGCGCAGAGGGACGAGACAGAAAUUGUGGGAGACGAUGGUCACAUAUACAAGGGGCGAGUUGACAUGGACGGAAAUCAGUUUCCAGAGGUUUCUAAUUCUCCCCGUCACAAGCCCAAGUCUCCUAGAGCAGUCUCAGCCAAACGCUCACCCAGUCCCCAGCCUCCACGCACAGGAAGCCCAACAUACAGAAGGCCACGAUCAGCUGUACCCAGCUCUCCUCGUUCAAGAGGCGAGGGGGCAGAUCCCAUGCCCGAAAUCCCUGCACAGUCGUGAAUGACAUGUGUACACGACUCGUGAAUGACAUGUGUACACGACUCGUGAAUGACGUGUACACGACUCGUGAGUGACAUGUGUACACGACUCGUGAAUGACAUGUGUACACGACUCGUGAAUGACAUGUGUACACGACUCGUGAAUGACGUAUGACUCGUUAAUGACAUGUGUACACGACUCGUGAAUGACAUGUGUACACGACUCGUGAAUGACGUAUGACUCGUGAAUGACAUGUGUACACGACUCGUGAAUGACAUGUGUACACGACAGAGCGUUCUUGGGCCCACCGGGCUUUCUCCUACCUGAUAGUUGGGAUGCGUUGCUGGUUCAUUCUAGAGCACGUCCUAGCCCUCUCAAGGCUUCGACAUUCCAUUCACAUACCACAGUUAAUACCACAGGGUAAAGGGUUAUUUUAUACUUUUAUUUCUCAAGAAACGGGUCGGUACGCAGCUCUUACAAGCUGCAAUUUGAUUGGGCAAAUGAACAAUACCCGCACCUCGACACAAAGAACGAGAAGAAUAGAGACAAAACAACUCCUUUGUAGAACAAAGAUAAUAAUAGGAGACAAAGCAGCUGCGUACUUACUCCAAGAAACUCGAAUCAGUAUAUUUUACGUGAGACGGGAUUUCUUAUUCCUGCUUUUUUUCGUGAACCUGAAAAAGAGGUUAAUAUACUUUAUAAUGAAGCGUUAAGUGACCGUCUUUUAUGUCAGUGAAACAUGAUUCAUACCUUUACCACGCUGAUCCUAGCGAAAGAGUGGUCAAAUAGUGUGUAAUAUCGUGUCAAGAUCUUGAAGAAACAACUCUGUCACUUUGUGCCUAAUUCAAUCAUAUGUAAUUAAUAAUAAUUUAUAUCCAUUUUCUCAUCAUCUAUGAUCACACAAUUAAGGUUUAUCAUUUUUAUACGUUAUAUAGAACUAAGAGUUGAGGAGAAAACAGUCACAUUCGAACAAGUUGAGUAUGUACGCAGCUGCUUUGUCUCCUAUUAUCUUUGUUCUACAAAGGAGUUCUUUUGUCUCUAUUCUUCUAGUUCUUUGUGUCGAGGUGCGGAUAUUGUUCAUUUGCCCAAUCGAAUUGCAGCUUGUAAGAGCUGCGUACUGAUCCAACAAAUCACGAAUGAGUCAUUUUUUGGGAGGUAAUACAGAGACCAGAACAUAUGAUACUUAAGGGGGGGGGGGGGGGAGGGCACAUGAAUGACCCACCCCGUGCUACAGCCCUGUGAGACUCUAAAUUUCAGCCAAAAAGUGAUUCUAAGUAAAAAUAGGUGGUUUUGACUUUUUUGUGGGUGAUCCUGAGGCCCUAAUCGUGUGGCACCAGCUGGUGUGGCCUUUCAGACAGCAUUUUCAACAUUUUCUUGCCGCCCACUCUUGAUAUUUCAGUUCUCUUUAUUUCCAGAUCUUAGUUACACAUCCAACACAUGUCAUACUUGAUUGCUGUACUUAAAACUAGUAGUCCUACAGUAGCUAAAUUAAUAUUUUGAGUUCAAGUUCUUGAGUAUAAAAAAUGAUGUGGUGAUAAACCAAAUUUUGUAAAUAGUGUAAUUAUAUAACAACCUUGUUCUAACUGUGAGCACCAAAAUAAAACAUGAAUCAAACGCU